AGAUGAAGACCAGUCUCCUGGUGGGAGGCGAUCUACCCUAGUCGAGUAAGAUGAAGUUGAUAAGUAACCUUGGUUACACUCUUGGGAUCUCAAGUGAGCAUCUCCUUGGGGCCACGCCGCGGAGGGGGCCUGGAUGAAGUGGGCCGACGAGCAAAGUGUGUAUCCCCAGAGGCACUCGGGCCCUCUCCGCCGCAGAGGGGGCCUCUGGGAUAGCGUACUACAAGUGGUCCAGCCCGGCCAAGAUGCACAACCUGAGGUUUUGCGACCAAACGCAGUGCGUUAGGCCUGCUGGGCAAGGUUAUGGUGUCAUUACCUCUUUCGGAGCAGCCAAAGCUGCUGAAGGGACAGCAGUCUCCUUUUGAAGCGAACUCGAAACUGCUAGUAGUACUAGGUUUCGGAUAGCAAAGAGGUAGCGAAAUGACACGUUUAGUGUGGCCCGAUGCUUUCCAGGAUAGAUUUGACACGUCAGCUUUAGAGGCUGCUCAAAUAGAUCCGAUGGUUCUAGAACAGGCUCAAUCCGACGCCGACGCUGGCAGGCUGAGUCCUGAAAUUCCAGCGUGUCACCUUGAUGGUUAUAACGAGAUUUUUUACGAAUCCCCGUUGGAUGUCGAUUCCUGGUUGGCGCAUGACGAGUUAGUAGGCGACCGUGACGUCACCCAUGGCUUCUUUGGGAAUGGCGAUGCCACUGAUGCUAACACCGCUGAUGGUGACGUCACUGAUGGCGACACCACUGAUGGUGAUUUCAGCUGCGUAGCAGUAGCUGCUGCCGAGCAGGCACCCUGUAAGGCAAACCCCCCCAUGGAUUCGUCAGGUGGAAAUUCGGCAACAGAAGAUGUAGCUAGACAGCGAUCAGGAGGGUCCAUCAGGCCAGACAGUGAUCUCGCCGUUGACUGGAUCGAAUCCGUUGACUUUCAGCUGGAUAGCAACUCGCUUCUAGACGGCGAUGGGUUUUCUCACCUGCUCCCUCAUGCGCCGAGAUUGGAACCAGACGUAGGUGCUUAUAACGAGGACGUCGUGACCCCUGCUCCUGCCGUGGUAGCGCAGAGUGCAGCAGCACAAGCGCAGCUGUCAGCUUCGAGGGACGAAGCCUUUUCCAAUGUUGCAGCUUCAGCAGUACAAUUACUAACAGCAGCACCAGCGUCGCCACUACUACCAAGGGGCAGUUGCAUGAGCUGCCAAGCUACUCGUAAUUGGGAACCAUCUCCUCCGAUAUCAGCGAAUGCACAAAGCGAUGAAGGCCUAGUCAGAGCCGUGCUCCGACCUUCUUUGCCACCAAACCAACCACCACGAGAUUCCUUCUCUCCUAUUCCGCCUUCACUAGUGACUACCUCCUCUGUUCCUGUGGUACAAGAUAAGCCUGCUGGCGUGGCAUCGUUGCGUAGCCGUGCUGACCUGUCGACCCGGCUGGCUGCUGUGCUCGAGAGCAUUACAGGGGAAGCGGCAGGACGAGGGGAGGGAAGGCAGAUGGGAGGUGACGCAAGCGCCAGUCGUCUGCCUUUGAGUCGACUCAAAGGCAUUACAGGGGAAGCUGAAGGGCGAGGGGAGAGAAGGCAAAUGGGAGAUGACGCAAGCAUCAAUUCUCCCCUUGCGAACGCUGCGGACCCAAGUGGUGGCGAAGACAGGCGGGAUUCGCAAGCAGGGAAGAGGCUCAAGAAGGCAAGAGGGGAGAAGUUUGAGAGUGGACGGAAGGGGAGGGGGAAAGGAGGUUCCGUUGCUAAAACUGGCGGACAAAGAGGAAGACGAUGUGAUCUGGUCAACCGGAUGGCAUUGAGAGAAACUAAUGGGACAUCCGCCAACCAACAGAUUCCGCACUUUUCCCAUCAGCCAUCGCACACUUCCCAUCAGUUAUCGCACACUUCCCAUCAGCCCCCACACACAGCCCUGCACCAAGGCAUGACACGUCCGUAUGUGUCAGCUGCAUCACAACAGAGAGACACGGUAGGAGAAGAUGACGUGGUAUGGCAUGCUGACAGGGCACAAGCUGACGUGGUGCAAGCUGACAUGGCACAUCCGUACAUGCCAGUUGUAUCUCAGCUGAGCGAUGGCUUAAUACGAAGUGCUGACGCAUCACAACCUGGCAUGGCACGUGGUGACGUGGCGUCUCAGAGCAUUGUGCCAGUGCCAACGUGGCAGUGCAGGCUGAGGUUCGAUGGAGCGGGGAUGGCGGAGGGGAGAGGGUGGGUGGAUGGGGAGAGGGAGAGGCGUCUGAAGCAGAGGCUUUUCGCCCUGGCUGAAGCUCACGCUGUGGGGGAUGAGCCAUACGUUGCUCGUCUCACCCGCUGCCUGCAGCUAGACGCCUCGCCUCUGGGGGAUGCCUCACAGCGCCUAGCCUUCUACGUGCUGCAGGCCCUCAACGCUCGAUCCGACGGCUCUGCCGACGCCAAGUGGCGCGACCCUAUCGAGUUUGACGCCCAGGCUCUCUUGGCAGGAGCUUUAGCCGACAUGCGCAUUAACAGCAGCAGCAGCAGCAGCAACGGCAGCAGCGGCAGCGGCAGCGGCAACAGAAGCAGCAGUGUGGUCAGGAGCAGGGGGGAGGGCUUGAGGGACUUCUCAUUUGCUGCGUUGAUACAUGAGGUGCCUAGAGCGCUUGUGCACCCUCCUAUCUCCACCCCCUUGCAUGCACAUCCCACACACUCUCCACCCACACACCCUUUACCCACACACCCUUUACCCACACACCCUCUCCCCACACUCGCUCUCCCCACACACCCUCCCCCCCGUCGCAUUCACAUAAUCGCGUUUGACAUCAUACGAGGGGGGCACUGGGGGCUGCUGCUGCACCAAAUAGCAUCUGCUGUGGUGCAGAGCGGUGCAUUGUGCUCCUCUUGCUACUCCCUCGCCUGCUCCUGCCCCUCCGACUCUCCUGCUGCCGAUCCCAGUGGCAGUCAGGGCUUGAAUCCACCUCAUUCUGCUGCUGCUGCUGCUGCUGCUGCUGCUGCUGCUGCUGGUUUUGAGGCGCCUCAAAACUACUCUCCUGCUGCUGAUGCCAGUGGCAUUCAGGGCUUCAAUCCUGCUGAUGCUUCUGGUGCUGCUGCUGCUGCUGCAGCUGCAGCUGGUCCUGUUUUCCCUCCUUCCUCUGCGAUCGGUGUUCCAUCUGCUCUUCCUCGCACCAUUGCUGCUACUCCCUCUGCUCCAUCCACUACUGCGCCAGCUACUGCUUCGUCUGCACCUCCCAUACUACCCCCUCCUGGAAAGCCAUCCACAGGCAGCACCAUCCCUUCCCUCCACUCUUUCUCCUCCCCCUCUUCCCUCCUUUCCCCCCACCACUCCCCACACCAUCUACACUCGUGCAUCUCCAUUAGACUCACUGGCAUAACCUUCGAAACCAUCAACCCGGCAUCUGCCCCAGAAACCCCGGAAGUCCUGGCGGGCUUGAUUUUCGGGCAGGUUGCGAAUCGUCUCGGGCUGCCCGUUGCAUACGAGGUGGUACAGGUGGCGCCAGAGGCCUUCCAUCCGUCCAUGGUGCGCGUGCAGCCGGGGGAGGAGGUGGUGGUGUGCUCGUUCUCGGGCCUCAUGCAUCUGCCAGAUGACUCCGUGCUCAGGCACAACCCAAGGGAUGCUGUGCUCAAGUGGAUUCACAGCCUCAAGCCGUGCCUAGUCCUUCUGUCUGAGGUCGACGCCAGCCUCAACGGCCCCUUCUUCCUCCCGCGCUUUCGCGACCUCCUCCGCGUCAUGCACCUCUCACUCGACAUGAUCGACUCCUCCCUCGGGCCACGCUGCCUCGGCACCAAGAUAUGGGAGGAUGCAAUAUUUAGAGACCUGGUGAACUGUGUGGGGUGUGAGGGGUUGCAGAGGUGGAAUAGGGCUGAGCGAUUGGACCAAUGGCAGGAGCGCAUGUGGAGAUUAGGGUUCGAGGAGGUGGUGAUGGGGGGUGACACGCUGGCUGCUAUGAGGGAUGCCACGCAAGGAAGGGAUUCCAGGUUUGAAGUGGUUACUGUGGGAAGUGCUGCUAGAUUGAUGUGGAAAGGAAGUCCCUUGUUGUCAGUUUCUGCAUGGAGGUGACGUAAGAUUAAAAUGAGUUAAGUUACACAUGCAUACCGUAUGUUUGGAUUACGAUCUACGUUGAUUGUCCUUUGCACCUUUAGUCUAU